UAGAACCCUGCUUAAACAUCUUGUCAUACUACACCCUCAUCUACCUAGUUAUCUCAUCUAAAGACUAUACCUAACCUCUUCGAAUCAACAACCACACACACACACACACACAUAUAUAUAUCCAUACAUACACAAUGGCGGAAAAGACUGCCGUUCUGACGGAAAAAGCACCGAAGCCUUUAGCUGGCAUUUAUAGCCAAGCCAUCAAAGCUAACGGCUUCGUGUUUGUUUCCGGCGCUGUUCCCAUGGACGCCGAGACGAUGAAAAUUGUUGACGGUGAUAUUAAAGUGCAUACUCAUCAAUGCAUCAAGAACCUUGCCGCCAUCCUCGAGGCUUCGGGGUCCGAUCUUAAUAAAGUGGUGAAGGUCAACGUCUUCAUUUCUAAUAUGGAUGACUUCGCUGCUAUGAACGAGGUAUACAGCCAGUACUGGGGUGAAGUGAAGCCCUGUAGAACUUGUGUCGCGGUGAAGACGUUGCCACUUAAUGUCGAUGUCGAAAUCGAGUGUACUGCAACUUAUUAAAUUCCAUAUGUCUUCUACGACAUAGGAACGCCUAGUUGAUCGAACUCUUAGGAUGUACUGCUACAAAAAUGCGAAAACAACAGAUACUUAGGUAGUAAUACUUCUCGGUUUCAUCAUUCAGCUUCACUCAGCAUCCAAGACGAUCUAAUUAAAUGACACACACAAGUCUCGACGCCGCCUGCAAGCUGGGAUAUGUACUGUGUGUGUAUGUACUCGGUUCUAGCGCGAAUCACAUUCACUGUCGACCACAACUA